UGUAAUUAUAAUAUGGAAAGCAUGGAGGCAGAGGAGGAGAGAGAGGAAAAGGCGUAUGAGCUUCCCUCAAUCUCCCUCAAUCAACCUCUUAAAGUGAAAAGCCUUCAUACCUCUCAACCAUUCGACUCUCACUCUCAUUCUAACUAUUUACAGAUUAAAUUGAAUUACAAUAAUCCAAGGAGAUUGAAUCGAUCUCGAAGAUCCGAAGAAAUCCAAAUCGAUCAGCCAUUUCUCAGAAUGGCGUCGGCGAAUCGGGAAAUGGCGGUGUAUUGUUUCGACACCCUGGUCGCUCACUACAACAGCCAACAGCCCCCUCCUCCUGCCUUCGACGAGGCUCAACAAGAAAAGGUAUGAUGAUUAAAGACAAGAAAAUCAAGUUUUGAAUGUUGGAUUUUUUUUGGUUCUCUUGGACUCAAGAAAGACAAACCUUCAUUUAAUUUAGCAUGAUAUGGAUAGUUAGCUUAUUUAAGAAUCUAGAUAAUAUUUUCCCUUUUUAAAUGUAAGAAUGGGAUUUUCAUUUUUGGAACUCAUAAUCCCACUCAACUGUUGUUAAAGCUCAUUUCUUUUUAUAUAUAAUCUAUGUGUAGAUGUGUAUUAACCAGA